AUGGCUUCCGGCUUCAAGAAGCCCGCCGUGGCCUCCACCAGCCAGAAAAGAAAGGUGGGGCCUAAGCCCGAACUCACUGAAGAGCAAAAGCAAGAAGUUCGCGAAGCGUUCGACCUCUUCGAUGCCGACGGCAGCGGCACCAUCGACGUGAAGGAGCUCAAGGUGGCCAUGAGGGCGCUGGGCUUUGAACCCAGGAAGGAGGAGAUGAAGAGGAUGAUUGCCGACGUGGACAAAGAAGGCACGGGGAAGAUCAGCUUCAACGACUUCUUGGCUGUGAUGACUCAGAAGAUGGCUGAGAAAGACACCAAGGAAGAAAUCCUGAAGGCGUUCAGGCUCUUUGAUGACGACGAGACCGGGAAGAUCUCUUUCAAAAACCUGAAGCGUGUGGCCAAAGAGUUGGGAGAAAACCUCACGGAUGAAGAGCUCCAGGAAAUGAUUGACGAAGCCGACAGAGAUGGAGACGGCGAAGUGAACGAGGAUGAGUUUCUUCGCAUCAUGAAAAAGACCAACCUCUAUUGA